AUGAUUUAUGACUUAAGUCUAGAAGAAUCUGAAAUAUUCAAUAAAACAAACCGAAUAGAGCAGUGGUGGUCUAAUGAAGAGUCUAGAAUUAUGGCCGAGCUACGAAAUAUUGUAGUUCACCCAAGUAGGCCUACGAUU